AAAAACUCAUUGUGUAGUUUAUCCUAUGUUUUGUAAAAGGUCCAAAUUCAAGCAAGAUCAAGCUGAAACAUAUUACAUAUAGAUGUAAAUAAAUAUGUAUGUACAUAUAGUCACUACUAAUAUGGCAACAACAACUGCAGGAAUAGGAUUAGCAGGAAGUGGUUAUUAUGCAAAACCCAGUUCUCCAAAUUCAUUACCACAAUCACCAUUUACAGGAAAAAAGUUAAAGUUCAAAACUUUACAAGAACCCAACUCAAAUGGGCCAAGAUUCACAAUCUUGAAACCAAGUGUGGUGGUGGCAAGUGGUGGGGUGGUAGAUUUUGUAAAUAAUGUGUUUUUAGGGGUUGGAGUUGGACUUCCAUGUACAGUUAUGGAGUGUGGAGAUAUGAUAUACAGAAGCACAUUACCAAGAUCAAAUGCUUUGACACUUACUAUUCCUGGUGCUGUAUUGGCUUUGAGUACACUUUCUUAUCUUUGGGCUACUCCUGGUGUUGCCCCUGGUUUUUGGGAUAUGUUUGUUCUUGCUUUUGUUGAAAGACUGUUUAGACCAACUUACAAAAAGGAUGAUUUUGUGUUGGGAAAGAAGUUGGGUGAGGGAGCUUUUGGUGUUGUUUAUCGAGUUUCUUGGGCUAAUAAGAAACUAUCUUCAAAGGAAGGCGAUUUAGUACUUAAAAAGGCAACAGAAUAUGGUGCGGUUGAGAUAUGGAUGAACGAGCGUGUGAGAAGGGCUUGUGCUAAUAGUUGUGCCGAUUUCGUGUAUGGCUUUCUUGAGAGUUCUCCAAAGAAAAGAGAUGAGUAUUGGCUUAUUUGGAGGUUUGAAGGGGAAUCUACACUUGCAGAUUUGAUUCAGAGUAAAGAGUUUCCUUAUAAUGUUGAAUCAAUGAUACUCAAGGAAGUCCAAGACUUGCCAAAAGGAUUGGAAAGAGAGAACAGAAUCAUACAAACUAUCCUCAGGCAACUCUUGUUUGCAUUAGAUGGUCUUCACUCAACAGGGAUUGUUCAUAGAGAUAUCAAACCACAAAAUAUUAUUUUCUCAGAAGAGUCUCGCACGUUCAAGAUCAUCGAUUUGGGAGCUGCUGCAGAUUUAAGAGUGGGCAUCAAUUAUAUCCCAAAAGAGUUUCUUUUAGAUCCAAGAUAUGCAGCACCUGAACAGUACAUCAUGAGCACACAAACACCGUCUGCACCAUCAGCUCCCGUUGCUGCUGCUCUUUCUCCGGUUUUAUGGCAGUUGAACCUCCCAGAUCGAUUUGACAUUUACAGCACCGGUCUCAUACUACUACAAAUGGCAUUCCCUUCUUUCCGGUCAGACAGUGGUCUCAUACAAUUCAACCGUCAACUGAAGAGAUGUGAUUAUGACCUCAUUGCAUGGAGAAAAAGCGUCGAGCCUCGUGCAAAUGCUGAGCUUCGUAAAGGAUUUGAGUUGUUAGAUUUAGAUGGUGGUAUUGGAUGGGAGCUUUUAACUUCUAUGGUCCGUUACAAAGCCCGACAAAGAACCAGUGCCAAAACAGCUUUAGCCCAUCCAUAUUUUGAUAAAGAAGGUCUUCUUGCUCUGUCAAUUAUGCAAAAUCUUAGACUGCAAUAUUUUCGAGCCACACAACAGGAUUACAGUGAAGCUGCUAAUUGGAUCAUUGCGCUGAUGGCCCGAUCAGGUACAAAGAAAGACGGUGGAUUCACAGAAGCAGGACUUCAGGAACUUAGAGAAAUACGGCCACCAAAGAAGGCAAAUGCACAGAGAAAUGCUCUUGCCUCAGCUCUUCGGCUUCAAAGAAAGAUUUUGAAAACACUGAACGAGAGCAUGGAUGAGCUUAACCAAAGAAGAAAGAGCAUGUGGUGGAGUAGAUGGAUUCCAAGAGAGGAAUGAAGGAGAUCGUAUGUACAUACGUAUAGUACUAUAUAUACGCAAUUUAUAAGCCCAUAUGUAUGAUUAUGUUUGUAAAUUGGUGUAGCCAUCGACCAUCAUAUCAUAUUUACUUACUACUAAUUAAAGAUGAGCAAAUGUUAUGAACUUAAAGGGAUGGAAAUAUAUCUCCAAUGAUAAGUUGGUUGCAUUA